AUGAUCGAUGUCUUGUCGGGACAGAGGAAGGGAUGGCUCUUCUUCGUGGUUUUAAUAGUGGCUUUCAUGCAGGGCGGUCUCUGGGCAGGGCGGAGAAGGGGUCCGGAUAACUUUCCAGACAACUCCUUGGUUCGCAGUACGUCGAGCUAUAUCCCGUUUCACAGAAGGAAUGCGAGGCCCGUCGUGAAGGAGCAUCCUAUCCCGAAGCUGAUGGCGGAGGCGGAGGACAAAUUUCGCAAGCUUCUGGCGAGACAAAGCCGAACGCUCGCGCAGGCCGUUGUGGAGUACGAGAGAAGAUAUGGGAGAAAACCCCCGCGGGGAUUUGACGAAUGGUGGAGGUUCGCGCAGGAUAAUGAUGUUCUAAUGAUUGACGAAUACGACGGAAUCGUUGAGGACCUCUCGCCGUUUUGGGAGCUGCCUGCUGACGAGCUGCGGACAAGGGCAGUUCUGGCUGGCCAUCUUCCUUCUGUCGACAUGGUAAGGAUUAGAGAUGGAAAGUCUAUGGCCGAGAAUAUUAAGGAUGUACACACGGACAUCAGUGCUCGCGCCAAGGGCUUCCGCAAGAUGAUCGAAAAGUUCCAGGACAAGCUUCCCGACCUGGACUUCCCUAUUAACGCUAUGGCUGAGGGGCGUAUUCUCGUUCCUUGGGAGCAGCGCGCAUUUCCCAACGAGACUUCAGAUAGCAUUCUUGCUGAGCUUAGUGGGAUGUACUCACCCGACUGGCGAGGGGAAGGCAACGUUUGGGAAGCGUACCGCCGUACAUGUCUUCCAGGGGCGCCUGCUCGACGGCUCUUCAGCUCGUUCCGCGCCUCCUCUUCAGAACGCACGAGCCAACUGCUAGCGCGUAACGAAGAAUUUGUUUUUUCCACCGACGUGAGCGGAAAUUAUUCUUUCUGCCUCAGCCCGUGGGCACACUAUAAUCAAGGACACUUCUUCUCUGAUUGGCGCACAAUACCGGCUCUGUUUCCAAUGUUCUCUCCAGCGCAGGCACCUGGGUAUUCUGAUAUCCGAAUACCGAGUCAUUACUACUAUGGCCAGACUAGACGAUACACAUAUGGCUAUGAUUCGGUCAACCUUCAGCUCAAAGAAGUUGACCAUAUGGAAACGCCAUGGGAAUAUAAGAAUGACAAGAUCUUCUGGAGAGGCGCUUCUACUGGUGGUGGUAGUUCCCCCCCAGGCUUUGCCGCGCAGUAUCAGCGGCAUAGAUUCGUCCGAAUGGCGAGCGAUCGUUCGGGGACAAACCGCACGAUGGUGUUUGCGGACCCUCCAGGUUCAAGCAACUAUAUCUAUGCAGAGGUACCUGUGGGGAUGCUCAAUGACGAAAUUAUGGACGUCGCCUUCGUGAACUUGGUAGACUGGUACAACUUCCCUGGAGGUCUUUUGGCGCUUGUCAGGGCCCACCGAUUCGACGACGGCGGUGUCAGUCUUGGUGACCAUUGGAAGCACAAGUAUCUUGUCGACAUCGACGGCAUGGGAUACUCUGGGCGGUUCUUCUCUUUCAUGGAGUCGGACAGUGCAGUGAUGAAGUCCACAGUCUAUCGGGAGUUUUUUUCUGACUGGAUACAACCUUGGUUGCACUACAUACCCGUGUCUCAAUCAUAUCAGGAAAUUUAUAACAUACACGCAUUCUUCUCAGGAGCAACCCCCUCAACCCUAAAAAUCGCUAAUUCGACGGCAUUGGAUCUACUUCCUGACCAACGCCGUACGAUUGACGGAGACCGCCGACUGCGACGUAUUGCACGUGCGGGGAAGCAGUGGAAGCGGACAAUUGGAAGACGGGUGGAUAUGGAAGCAUACGUCUACAGACUGUGUCUGGAGUACGCCAGACUGAUGUCGGACGAUCGGGACUCAAUGAACUUCUCUCUUUGA